AUGAUUCCGCAUUCCGAGACGACGGCGAUGAGUGCUCGACGCGGUUCACGUUUGCGGCGUAAGCCUACUCCAAUUUACCAAGUGGAAGACAAGCGUAAAAGUGAUGAUGAAAUGAGUGUUGAAGAGGAAGAACAGGACGCAGUGGUACCCAAUGAACAAAGCGAGGAAAGCAGUGAUGAAGGACGGAAUGGAGAGGACGAGGAGUUUACGCCUUCCGGAGUGAAGGUUACGAGACCCAAGAGUGCACAUAGAGUUGCACAAACACCAAGAGUUAAGGUGAGAUCCAGCAGACGAAAGCGCUCACCGUGGAGUCAAACGAGAAGCCUGCGAUCGGAUGGAGAGGGUACAAAGACGAAGAGAAGUGCAGCAUCUGGAGAGCCAGAGAACGCCGCAACUUUAGGGAGCAUUGACGACCAGAACGACGAAGAAAAAUCGCUAUUUGAGGCGAUAAAGCGAGGCAAAGUGUCAUUGGAUGAUCUGGUGAGCAAGUGGCGCAUUCGUUUUGAAAAGAAUAGUGAAAAGGCGACGAAGGAAGUGCUGAAUCUAGUACUGGAGACCUGCGGUGGUGCGGGACAAUGCGUUCCUGAAUCGAAGCCAUUGGAUCAAUUGGAAAUGAGAGAUUUGGUGAAUCAUGUUUUGGAGGAUCUUGAAAAUGUGAAUGGAGAGUAUCUCAUUUCGUCUCGUGGAAAGAGUGCGAAGAAGUUUCAGCGUCAUUUCGAGGGGUUUUGGGAGGCAUUUGUGAAGGAAUGCUACGAGAGCGAGAUCUUACUCACGUCAGAUGUUGCAUACAACUUUAUCGACUGGCUUACUACCUUAUCAAGCUCCGAACUUCGGCCGAUACGACAUACGUCAACUGUUGCUGUACUAGCGUUGAGCAGUGCGUUGGUGCGUACGGCUGCUAGCAUUUCCGAGCAACUGACUAUUACGAAGAGACAGCUCAAUGCGGAAACAAGCUCGUCUAGUACUACUUCGACUGGUACAAAUAAAAGCCCAAAUGUCCAAAAAGUAGCCUUCCUGCAGAGUAACGAAGCGCUUUAUGAGAGUCGCCUUCAACAGGUGCUGAAGCUUGUCAAUUUGAUAUUUACUGGAGUAGUGGUGCAUCGGUACCGCGACGUGAUGCUGGAGAUUCGUUUGGUAAGCAUACAAUGUCUCGGCCACUGGAUCACCACCCUACCCGAUCACUUUUUGAAGGACAAUUUUCUGAAGUAUCUCGGCUGGCUUUUAAGCGACAAAGCAGCGUCAGUUCGUCAUGAAGUGGUUGAGAUUUUGUGCGAGCUGUACGAGAAUGAUGCGUUUACGGAACGGUUGGAGCUAUUUAACUCUCGCUUUUUGCCACGUUACUUGGAGCUAUGCAGCGACAAGGACGACGCUGUUGUUGGGGAAAGUAUUCAUCUUCUCAUCGCCGUUGACAAACACAGUCUUAUCAGCUCUGAUAUUGAAAUUUCUCCAGUUGAAAAAUUAGUGUUUGAUGCCGAGCGUGAAGAUAUUCGCAAAGCUGCCGCAGAGUUUGUGUGUCUUCAAUAUGAUGCAUUCGGAGUUGCAGUCUCAAAGACAAAGAACGCACAGUUGAAGAAAGAACAGCUCAACACUCAGGCAAUUGCUCUGGUGGAAUUUGCGGAAGAAUACAUCCAGAAUCACGGCAUACCUGAGAGUGCAGUGGAGACGCUUGUCGAUGCUUUUUGGGGGCUGGAGGACUGUCUUGUCCUGCAGAAUUGGAGGCUGAUGACAGAUCUGCUUUUAGUGGACAAGAGUGCACCAGACCUGAGCAGCAAGCAGCAAACUAUUCUGCUACGGCUUCUUGUUGCGUCUGUAACCAAGCUUGUGGGAAAUGAUACAAAUCGUGGAGCAAAUCCUGCUGCUAAACGAGAAUCUGAGCAGUUGCAAGAAGAAAUUACCGUAACGUACUGCAAAGAUAUCCCCAGCUUGUUCCUUUUGUACCAAGCUGAUUCGGACAAGCUGUCAUUGCUCUUGCAACUGAUUCCAAUGCUGUCAUUGAAGAGUGAGGUUAUUGGUCACCAUAGUAGUUGUAUAAAGGAGCUCCUCGAGAAGUUGAAGCACGCGUUUUUUUUGCACUCUGAAGAAGAACUGCUAUCGAGUUUAUCGCUUUCUGUAGCGCACUUGCUUCAAACGGAACAUGUUUCGCUGAAACGGGAAGCCGAAGCGAUCAUGCACGAGCUAGUUCAAGAGGUCAUUGACAAAAUUGAUCGGCUUAUGGAGGCCGACUUAAAGCUGUACGAUACAUUCGCUACUACUGGCGAUGACACACUCACAAUGAGAAGCAAACGAACCAGAAAAACAAAGGGGUGCCCAUCGACGAAGGAAAUAUCGAACGUCGAGUACGCCAUGCGCAACGCUCUGUGCCGACUCAAAUGCUUGAUGAGAUACCUGAAUGUCCGAAGGUACAUUCCUCCAGACUUAUCAUAUGGAGUGGCUGAAGAUAACAACACAUCUGCACCAAAUUUGCAGCGGUUUGACAGACUUGUUGUGGCAGUCGGAGAUUUAAUGUGUCGGCGGACGAAAUUGGUCUCUAAGCUUGAAGGAUUUCGACAUGUCGACACCAUUAAACAUGGUUUGACAAUAAUCUAUUCCGAUCUGUUGUGGAUGACCUCGCCAAUCUUCAAAAUAUGUGUAGAAGAGAAGAAGCGAGACUUUUUAGAUAAUGUGAGCGAAGUUACUGAGACCGCGGUGAAUCCUUCUAUCCAGUUUCAGAUCCGACAGGUAUGUCAAUCACGAUCCACACUUGAAGAAGCUUUGAUUUCUGUGCUGGAGAUGCACUUGGCUAGAACCAAUAAAGGUGCCGAUAACGAAGGCAAAGAAAGUGAAACAGUUACCGAGCUUCAAUUGAUGGCGUCGAUGGAAGAGAUUGAGUUUAAGGACGAGGAUGUGGCAUCAUACGUACGUGAAGCCCAACACUUUGCAUUUUUGGUGUUUUGCGAUGCACGGUGUCUGUUUGUGGAGAAAUUUCAGGAUGCGACAGUUCCCUACAAUGCACUGGAUUGGACUUUGCCGAAAGUACUCAUUCUGCUCACGCAAAUACACUUUGAGAGAGUGAUGGAUGACGCUGAAGAGGAACAGCCAGAACUUGAAGAUGGUAUGGAGAACAAUGACCACGAAACUACAACGAAAAAAGAAGACGCUAUCAGUGACUUGGAACAGAAGCAGCAACGCAAAGCUGAGCUGCUGGUAGCACUUGGCCGAGUGUCUCUUUGCAAUCCAAGCAAGAAACACCAAGCUGCGGCAAUUCUGCAAUAUUUCACAUCAAGUAGCGAGCCCUGUAUCGACGUGGUAAAGGCAUUUGGGAAACAAGUGAAAACAGAUGCUCCCGUGCGUUACCUCGAAAUUCAGAUGACAGCACUUCGCCAAAUGUUUAGCUCGAUUCUCGUCUGGAAGCAAGAAAUUGAAGCAGCUGAAGCAGGAAAUGAUGACGAGAAGGUUAUAGAGGCAGAAGAUUUGAUGGAGAAGGUGGAAAGCAGCAAACAGGAGUUGAAGGAGCUCGCAAGAAGGUUUAGCCAGUCUCUUGGCGUUGGAAAAGUUCCUGCUUCAUUGAGAGUGCCAUUUUUUCGUUUCUUGCGUGAAGGUGUUCGCUAUUCUUUGGAGCAACCGACCCAGUUUGAAUUUUUGGAAACAAUGCGGGCAUACCUGUCACACCUGGACAGCUCAGGCAUGGCACAACUGCGUGAUCAUUUUAUGGAUCAACUACAAAGUGUACGUGAUAUACCUGAUGACAAUGAAGACCUGGACCCGAGAUGGCGGGUUGUUUUUGACUUUCAGUCAUCGAUCACCUCCGCCAGUGCUGCAAAUGGAAGGACGCCAAUAUCAACUGAAGCACUUAACUCGCCUCCACUAAAGAGGAAGCGGCGAUCUGCUAGCUCCGAACCUACGCCGAUGCAGACAACAUCCAUUGCAGAAGAGAGUGAGGAGGAAAAUGAGAGCGCUUGUGACGUAGCUGCUGAAAAAGGUGCUGCUGGCGAUAGAAGUGAUUUAACGAUGAUUGCAGAUGGAAAGCAGGUCGGCCACGAUUUACACAGUGGACAGGAGUCGUCAAGACGCAAACGCACGAUUGUGGCUGAUGACGAUACCGAUUCGACACAUUCCUUGCAAUAUCGAAAGCGACCCCAUCAACGAAAUGCAGUAGCGAGUAAUGAUGAUAAGGUGUCAGAGCACAGCGAACUUGGUAGCCAGCACCAUGAGGAAUGUCAAAGUGAAAACGACGCGCCGGUACGCAAAGAAGAAGAAGCAGAGGCGGAUACGAGGAAAAUUGAACGUAAACGGCGUCGAGUAUGA